AUGUCGUCGGCAUCGCUGAGUCGGUUAUUGCGUCAAGACAUCACCUCUGCUCCUGGCCUUGUCAGUCUGCUCCUCGCACUUGGUCUCGGCUACUAUCUCGGCACCAAAGUCUCCUCCGCCUCCGGCAGCAGCUUCAAGCAGCUAGGUCACGGGAUCAUAGGAGGAAAAGGAGCGCAAGAUCAAGACGACUCCGACGAGGACUCGGACGACGAGGACUUGGGCGAAGUGAUUGACGAAAAGGAUUGGGUCAACAUGCAGAGCUUGAGAGCAAAGCUCAUGGAGGAGUGCAAGCUGGUAAGUCUUGAGAGGAUGCACGGGUCAUGUAGUGGGCCUAUUGAGCUGCAAGCGUGGCCAGCACGCGGGCUGUUGUCAAGCCGCUAUGCUUACUCAAAGAGCGCUUGCUGCUGGCAGGUCCUGAUAGUGAGGACAGAUCUCAAGAUGGACAAGGGAAAGAUCGCAGCGCAGUGCGGGUGAGACACGAUGUUGGCUUCCAGCUCGACGCACUGCUGAUUGCUGCUGCAUCGACUGCACAUCAAGCCACGCGACCCUUGCGUGCUAUAAGACCAUGAUGGCUGCUAACCCUGGUGUGAGCGAGGCCUUGUGCGCGGCAUCGAAGCGCGGCUAUCUCAUCAUACUUUCUCCUGUUUUACUUCUUCAGAUCGUGAGGCAGUGGGAGCGUAUCGGGUGAGAAUGCUCGCUGGACCAUUUAGCCCGUAGCUUCGCGCGUCUGACACUUGCCCUGAUUUGGAGCACGCCAGCCAAGCCAAAGUGGCACUCAAGUGCUCAAGCGAGGAAGAGAUGAGAAGGCUGGAAGAGUCAGCAAAGGCUCUCAAUCUGUGCGCCAGGAGUAUACGGGACGCGUGAGUCUCGGAAUGCAUUUCUUCCUUUCCACUGCCCACUUCAUGCUCAAAAACGCGGAUUUGCUUCUUGCACGUCCUGCAGUGGACGUACACAGGUCGCAGCAGGCUCUCGAACAGUGCUGGGGAUUGGCCCAGGUAUGUAACAUUUUCAGCGUUGCUUUGCUGCAGGGAGGAGCUGACGCACACCAUCUACAUCGAUGGACUUUCCCCGACGUAGGUCCAGUGAAGCUGAUAGAUCAGGUCACCGGUCAUUUGAAAUUGCUAUAG